AGAUAUGAAUAUGAAUAUGUAAUGUGUGCGUCAUCAGCCCCGCCCCCGCAGCCGCGUUUAUAUGAGCUCUGCGGCGACGCGUCGCUCUUCCGCUCGCCUCGCCUCGCCUCUGCGUCCUCAGAUCCGCUCCACAGAAGCUCCAGCUCAUCCGUCAGAACUAUGGCUGCCAAAACCGAGCGCACCUUCAUUGCCAUCAAACCGGACGGCGUCCAGAGAGGCCUGAUCGGAGACAUCAUCAAGCGCUUCGAGCAGAAGGGCUUCAGGCUGGUGGCCUUGAAGUUUCUCCAGGCGUCUGAGGACCUGCUGAAGCAGCAUUACAUCGACCUGAAGGACCGGCCGUUCUACCCAGGACUGGUGAAGUACAUGGGCUCCGGGCCGGUGGCUGCGAUGGUGUGGGAGGGUCUGAAUGUUGUGAAGACGGGAAGAGUGAUGCUGGGAGAGACCAACCCUGCGGACUCCAAACCCGGCACCAUCAGGGGAGACUUCUGCAUUGAAGUGGGCAGGAACAUCAUCCACGGCAGUGACUCUGUGGACAGUGCAAAUAAAGAGAUCAGCUUGUGGUUCAAGCCUGAGGAGCUGGUGUCUUACAAGAGCUGUGCUCAAAGCUGGAUCUAUGAGUAAACUGCAGACCACCUACCAAACACUGAAUGCCUUUCUUCCCAGACCAGUUAUCAGUAAUGGACCCGAGUUUAUUUGUGAUCCCGUCUUUUCUGAAGCACUUGUUCAAAUAAAUUGUGAUAUCUCGCA